AUACAUAUAUAUAUGGCUGAUCAUCAGAAGAAGUGGUGUGAGGAAUGGAGGCCAGUGUUGGCAAUGGUGGGCAUUGAUAUUGCCUUAGCCGUUGUAAAUGUGCUUCUCAAGAAGGUGCUUCAGGAGGGAAUGAACCACCUGAUUCUGGUCACCUAUCGGCAAUCAAUCUCCACCGUUUUCUUAUCCCCCAUUGCCUAUUUUUGGGAAAGGAAAACCAGACCAAAACUUACAGCUCUCACCUUAUGUCACCUUUUCUUCAGUGCAAUAGUCGGGGCAAGCAUCACACAAAACCUCUUCCUUUAUGGCAUCGAAUUCACUUCUGCAACCUUCUCCUGCGCCUUCAUCAACAUGGUGCCUGCCAUCACAUUCUUACUGGCUCUACCAUUCAAGUUAGAGAGCAUGAACUUGAAGAGCAAGAGCGGGAGAGCAAAAGCGUUAGGUACAGUGGUGUGUGUUGGUGGUGCCAUGUUGCUGACACUCUACAAAGGAACACCAGUGACGACAAACCCGGACCCAUCACCUAAUUAUGCCCACACGAAGACAAACCAACUGGUCCAACAGGGACAGGGUUCGGGUUCGGGUUCAUCAUCAUCAUCAUCAAUUCCAAACUAUAGUAAGAGGGCCGACAAUUGGACGAUGGGUUCGUUAGCUUUGGUUGCUGGCAGCAUCAGCUGGUCAUCGUGGUUCCUUAUCCAAGCAAAGAUUGGGAAGCAAUACCCAUGCCAGUAUUCUAGCACCGCAAUCACGUUAUUCUUCAGUGCCGUUCAAUCUGGUGUGCUAAGCCUCCUCAUUCACAGGGACAUUUCCAUGUGGAUCCUCAAAGGCAAAGUUGAGAUCUUGACUGUCUUAUAUGCUGGAAUGAUAGGAUCAGGCUUAUGCUUUGUGGGAAUGGCAUGGUGUGUCAAGAAAAGGGGUCCACUCUUCACUGCAGCAUUUAGUCCCCUCAUUCAAAUCGUUGUAGCCAUGUUCGAUUUCUCCAUCCUACAUGAACAACUUCAUAUAGGAAGCAUACUGGGAUCUAUUCUCAUAAUUGUUGGGCUAUACAUUCUUUUGUGGGGUAAGAGCAAAGAGGGAGAAGGUCAUUGCAUGACAAAGCCCCAAGGAGUAGAAGAUCAUCAUCAGCAAGCAGAAGAUCAAGCAACACAUGUAUAG